CAUAACCUGGUCGAUCCACUCAAAACUACCAAGGCGGAGACAAAGACCGCGCUUGUUUCGCCCUCUGAGUCCUUUUCCAAUACUUUCAUCACCACCACGCGCGGACCACUCUGAGUAACCCCCAACCCCGACGUCAGAGUCCUGCCCUACUUGAUCGCCAAUUGCCCUCCGCUCCCCGGCCAUUGCUCGCUUGCUCUGCUUGCUUUUCCGUUUGCUGCUCCUGAACAAACCUUCGAUCCUGUCCGGUUCACUUGUGCGGCUUGCAUCUGCCUCAGCUUCCUCGCCUGUGCACCGUCGCUCUGUUUGUACCACCGACGACGCAUUAAAGCGAAAGGGGUCACCGCUUUCAACAAUUCUCUACCCCAAACACCCAAACUUCACACUCCUUCCUCGCCCACGGGCCCUUCACACACACUCCCUCAACGGGGUUUGCGAGCAAACUACCCAACCAGCACGCCCUGCCAACUCCAUCCACUACAAUGGCAACACCAACAAACAACAUGGACGAGAAGCCCAUCACCUUCGGCGCCGUCGUACAGGAUGCUCCCAUAAAUUCCACUUCAGAUAUCCCCCUCCGUCCACAACCCUCCGCAAGUUCUAGCCUCAAUGCCUCCACACCCAACGACGCCGCCGGCAUCGAUUCCACGAACCCCUACUCCGCUUUCUACAAACACCCCGAAGCACGCCGGUCGCUCGAAGCCUCCUCCGCCCUGCAAUCCAAGACGCACCUCGAAGUCGACGUGCGGGACCUCGAAGCCGGCAGUCUACCGCUGUCGGCCGCCACCACACAAAAUCCCAAAGUCAGCGUCGACGGACGGGUCAAGGAGUGCACCAUGUGGCCGUCGAGGCAAACCAUCAUGGAGAACAAGAAGAUGAACAAGCGCGCCCGCGGCUGCAAACAGUUCCGAAAUCUCAAUAGCAAGCAGAGGCUUUGGGCUAAGAUACUCAUCGCGGCGCUGGUCAUAGCGGCUGCGGUUGGUCUCGGCGUGGGUAUCUCGAGAGCGGUCGGUGGUGGUAUCUGGAAGAGCAAAGGACAUACGCAGGAGAUUGUAUGA